AUGAGAACUAAAAGAAUGGCGGCCUCCAUUUCCCUUGAUCCAAGGUCUAACCUCCAAGUUGGCAGGAACCCUCAACAGCAUGGAGUCAUUGAAGAGAUUGAAGGUCUCAUUAAAGUCUUCAAAGAUGGACACGUCGAAAGGCCUCCAAUUGUCCCUAUUGUCCCGUGCACCAUGGGAUUAGAGCGUGGAGUGACAGCAAACGAUGUUGUCGUCGAUAAGUGCACUAGUUUGUGGGCACGCAUAUAUGUCCCGAGCUGUCCUGGCAAGCUUCCAUUGCUUGUUUACUUUCAUGGAGGUGGAUUUUGUAUUGGCUCUGCUGCCUGGAGCUGUUACAGUGAGUUUCUAUCCAACCUUGCUUCUAAAGCAAAUUGUGUCAUUAUCUCUGUGAAUUAUCGUUUAGCGCCCGAGAAUCGUCUGCCUGCUGCAUAUGAGGAUGGUUUCAACACUCUUAUGUGGGUGAAACAGCAAGCUCUACUAAAUGGUUCUGGUGAGGACAAAUGCUGGCUGAAGCAUUGCAAUCUUUCUAAUAUGUACCUAGCUGGUGACAGUUCAGGGGCCAAUAUUGCUUACAAUGUCGCCACACGGCUAGGGUCGCGGGGCCCAUCCGAAUCCACCAUUAUAAGGCCAUUGUCUCUCAAGGGUAUCAUCUUGAUCCAACCUUUCUUUGGUGGAGAGGCAUUAACUUGGUCCGAAAGGUAUACCAAUCAACCACCUAAUUCGGCGUUGACCCUAUCGGUCUCUCAUGCAUAUUGGCGUUUAUCUCUGCCUCUCGGAGCUAAACGUGACCAUCCUUGGUGCAACCCUCUGGCAAAUGGCGCAGCCAAGUUGCGUGAUUUAAGACUACCAACCAUAAUGGUAUGCAUAUCAGAGAUGGAUAUACUGAAGGAUAGGAAUUUGGAAUUUUGCUCUGCCUUGAUUAGCGCAGGGAAAAGGGUGGAAACAGUGAUGUACAAAGGAGUAGGGCAUUCAUUCCAAAUUCUGCAUAACUCUCAGCUAUCUCAAACUCGAAUCCAUGACAUGAUGUCCCACCUCAAGGCUUUCAUCAAUGAAUGA